CGGAGGGGCGGGCGGGGGAACGCGCGCGCGUGCUCUUCAUCACUGCUCAUCCAGAAAUUCACCAGGAGGACCGGGACCGGAGAUCGGUUUGGGGGAACCUAAAACCCCACUGGACCGCUUCGAAGAGUCUGCAGAACCGGAGAACCGCCGGGGAGGCUCGGAAAACCCACCGCACCCAAACGCACCGGGCCAGGUGAGCGAGGAGGAAACAGCGAUCCGCAGAGAUUUGGGUCCGGAUCUGAGUCCGGAGCCGUAGAGUCGCAGCGCGGAUUGAAGAAGCUCUCUUUGGGUCUUUAUUAUUAUUUAUUUUUUACACGCCCUCGGAACCGGAGCUCGGAACCGGAGCUCGGAACCGCAGCUCCGUGUAGAGGCAGCGACUGAAGCCGGAGAGCAGCCGGUGGAGGAGCGGCUGUCGGUGCGCGGAGCUCCGGAGACCGAGUGGAUCAUCCAUGGGUUAGCCCCGGACCGGUGGUCCACAGCAGCCUGCAGAACCCAGGAGGGUCCGCUCUUACCUGCACGCACCUGCGCUCCCUGACCCGAACUGCGGGGGCCGGAUGAUGUAGGCGCCGCUGCCCCGUCACCACCAACCAAAUCCCGAGUCUCAGCAACCCACCCAGGUCUCUGGACCCCAGGUCUCAGCCCCCCAGGUCCCCGGUCCAGAGAAGAACCAUGCCGGCGGGGAUGAAACCGCUGGAGAAGUUCCUGAAGAAGCAGACCACCGCGCUGACGCGGGCCGGGGGGUUCGGCGGAGUGGGAGACAAGGCCAGCGGCGGCACCGGGGCGUCCCGCAGGAGGGCCAGCCUGUCCCGGGUCGUCCCGUUCUUCAGGGAGACAUCACCUGAAAGCGGCCACGCGCGGGAGGUGUUCAGCCCUGACAGCGAGGACCCCCCCUCCUGGCCCUCCGCUGCAGGAACCGGGCUGGCCUCAGUUCCAUGCAGCGCCAACGGCUCCUGCUCCGGUUCUGGUUCUGGAUCCGGGUCUGGAUCCGGUUCCGGUUCUGGAGGAGGAGACGUCCGCAGUCCGUCUCUGUCCAGCGACGAGCAGAGCUCCGAGGCGAGCCUGAUCACAGAGAGCAGCGGAGGAGGAGGAGGAGGAGGUUCUGGAUCCGGUCCAGGAGGAGGAGGAGGGACGCCUCUUCAUCCCGACACUCCAGAUAACCUGACGUUAGCGGUUCUGGACGGGGUGGCGGGAAAACGGUUCGGACACUGUUCAGAAACCCUGCUGGAUGACUUCAUGUUGACACAUCCCAUCUUCCUGGCGGCCGACAGGCUCCAGCAAGUCCUGCUGCAGCAAUUCUCCCUGGAGGCAGAGGGGGGGGGCAGCGAGCGGAGGGACGGCGAGGCCGAGGCGGCCAUGAGUGCCGCCGAGAGGAAGCAGGCGGUGCUGAACAUGGCCUUCCGCUACCUGGACACCUACAGAGAGCUGCUGCAGGAGGAGGGAGAGCGCAGCAACAGCUUCCCCAAGGAGCUGUACAUGUGUGCGGUUCAGGAGCUGACCCGGUAUCCUGAGCUGGUGGAGGACGUCCUCAAGCUGCAGCGAUGGUCUGAGAUCCUGCACUGCCCCUCCGAUGAGGAGAAGGAGAGCAGGAAGAAGCAGGUCCGUCCGCUGUUCAGACACUUCAGACGUAUCGAUGCUUGCCUGCAGCCCCGUGAGGCCUUCAGAGGCUCAGACGAAAUCUUCUGCAGGGUUUACACCCCGGAUCACUCCUACGUCACCAUCCGGAGCCGCCUGUCCUGCCGGGUCGGAGAGAUUCUGGCGCUGGUCAAAGAGAAACUCCAGUACAGCGAGGACCAACCAGUUUUGCCUGGAAACCUCAUACUGGUGGCCGUCACCUCAGCUGGAGAAAAAGCCGUGUUUCGCCCCAGCGACGAGGCCGUCUUCACCACGCUGGGCGUCAACACCCACCUGUUCGCCUGUGAACCCUCUGAACUCGACUCUCUGCUUCCUCUUCCUGAGGAGAUCCACUGGACGCCUGGCGACAGCAAACUUCACGACAUGUCGGCAGAGGAAGUGGCCAAUCAGCUGGUGGUGUUCGACUGGGAACUUUUCAGCUGCGUUCAUGAGGUGGAGUUCAUCUGUUACGUAUUUCACGGCGAGCAGUCCCGCUGGCGCCCUCUCAACCUGGAGCUGGUACUGCAGCGCUGCAGCGAGGUGCAGCACUGGGUCGCCACGGAGAUCCUGCAAUGCCAAUCGCUGCCGAAGAGGAUCCAGCUGCUGCGCAAGUUCAUCAAAAUCGCAGCGCUCUGUAAACAGCAGCAGGACCUGCUGUCCUUCCUGGCGGUGGUUCUGGGUCUGGACAACCCGGCCGUCAGCAGGCUGCGGCUCACCUGGGAGGGUCUUCCGGGGAAGUUCAGGAAGCAGUUCCAGCAGUUCGAAAGCAUCGCUGACCCGUCCAGGAACCACAAAUCCUACAGAGACCUGAUCACCAGCCUGAGGCCCCCGCUGAUCCCGUUCACCCCGCUGCUGCUGAAAGAUUUGACGUUUCUUCACGAGAGUUGCAAAACGUUCCACGGAGAAUUUGUCAACUUUGAGAAGAUGCAUAAAGUGGCUGAAAUGGUGAGAACCAUCAGACGGUACCGCAGCUCCCAGCUGGCCAUAGAUACAGAGACGUCCCCCUCACACCUGCAGACGAAGGCCUACGUCCGUCAGCUGCAGGUGAUCGACAACCAGAACCUGCUGUUUGACAUGUCCUGCAAGCUGGAGCCCAAAGACACGUAGAGGGACGAAGGAGCGGCGAGGAAGAGGAGGAGGAGGAUCAUGACCCGGACGUUAGAUUUACACCUGCUCCUCUUCAUCAUAUAACAUAAAACAUUCUGACACACCUCCGAACCUGGAGACCCAGAACUCUGGUUUCAUUCGUCUGUUUCUGGUUCGUCUCUGCAGAACCAGAACCGACCCGAAACCUAAGCAUUGGUUCCUAACACACAGCUGGAACAUAAAGUGGAGUUACGGCUCCUCCACAAACCAGUCUACCCAGUCGAUUCGCAUAUUUAUUUCUAUUUACCUCAAAUUCUGCGUAUUUUCAGCUGCAGUAGCAGAAAAUCAGUGGCGCUCCUGAGGGGGGGUUAGUGGGGCAAUGGGCCCCUUUUGAAAAAUGGUUGCCGCCCUCCUGCACUCCCAGAGAAUCAUCUUUAUGUUACAGAAAGGCAUAAAAAGUUAUCUUCUUAAAGAGAUAUCAAACUUUGUCUUUAUUACCUGAGAUUUUUCUCUUUAUUCAUUUAAAAAACGGGAGAACAGCCAUGAUCCAGCUAUAAAAUACAGGAAAAAAGUGAAGCAUCAAGCAAAUGUUUAUCUUUCUCUACCAGCAGGUGGCAGUAGGUGUUAGGUGCUGUUCCUUUAAAUUCAGAAGAUGCAUUAAAGAGCAAACCUUUAGCUUUAAUGUUUCUCCUGAAACAAUAUUUGGAGAAAAAAAUAGGCUGUUUCAUUGCUGUGUGUUAGCAACUGAUGACCCAACCCCAUCAGGACCAAUCAGAAUGCAGAUAAAUGGCAGGCAUCGUCCAAUCAGCUUCCUUCAGCCGGAGUCAGGCUGGAAGAUUUAAUGUGAUGUGGUUUUCCAGACUUCAGGUUUUAUUUUCACUGACUUCAUGGACCAAACGGGUCGAGGAUACAGAGCUAUUGCAGCAGGACAGCGCCCCCCGCAGAGGGCUGAUGGUACUGUGACUUUGUGGGGCUGCAGCAGAGCGAUCGUCUGAUCUGAACUGCGGACAGAGACCGACAGCGGUUCUCUGUUCUGUCCAGAACUGAUCUGUAAAUGUUCACAGCGAGGAGGAAAACAGCCAUCAUUUCGUUUCGCGCCGAGGCGGAUUUCAUGUUUUUAACAAAAGACUCAGGUCGGUCCUGAUGUUGGGGCCGACCCGGGCUUCAUACCUGCUGCCAUAUUCCGCUCAGAGUCCAGGCAGGUGAUGAUGCAUUCACUGACGGUCGGACUCGUGGACGCCGACGGAGCACCAACUCACCUGAUUGGAUCACAGAGAGUAGAUGCUGGUUUUCUACUGAACAACGUCUGAAGACUCUACAGUCUUUGUGUUUCCAGACAAUGAUGAUGGUCCCUGAACAUCUCACAGUGUUUGAGGGUCACAUGAUCCAGAUCAGGCUCCUCUUAAAGGACCAGUCUGUUGUAUACCUCUGGGUUUCAGAUAUAAACUAUAUAAACUUCAUAAACCUCCGCCUGAUUGGUUAAACCUGGAGUAAAAAAUAAGGAAUGGUCCUUUAAGAGAGCGUGAUUCUUUAAUCUGAUUGGCCGGACAUUUAGCCAAUCAGUCGUGUUGAUGGGAUGACAUCACUCCUCAGAGUUGAUCAAAUUCUUUCUCUCUACCUGCUGUCACACCUGAACGACCAGCCGGCUCUACAAAGGACCUGCCUACCCCCGCCCAGAACCGGCUUCCUAUUGGUCCGUUCUGACGGGUCUGAGGCAAUAAACCGAGGUGGCUGGAAGCGGCGCCGGCUGGUCGAAGCACUUUUUGUCAAACCUCAGGGCUCAGAGACACACAGAGGUUCUGUUUACUCCUUCUUCAGUAGAGUUCUGUUCAGUUCAGUCCAGUUGUGUUUGGAUCGCUUGGUUCUUGUUUGUACAGCUCAUCACGCUGCUGUCAUAUUUACUCCAGUUAUAGAAAUCUAAAGAGUUGUUGUUGUUUUGAUCACCUCCAGAGCUGAUGGACCCGGGCAUGAAGGCUGAUCUGUCUUUCUAACUGCAGGUUGGAUGGAUGGAUGGAUGGAUGGAUGGAUGGAUGGAUGGAUGGAUGGAUGAUAGUGCUAGUUGGAUUGCUGUUUGGUUAGUUGGUUUGAUUGAUGGUUGGAUGG